GGCCCCAAGCUCGGCUCCCCACCCUGAAGACAAGCAGAGCCUUAAAAUACAUACAAGAGGCCGCUAUAGCUCACCAUAAACAGGAGAGGCGCACACCCGAAGAAGGAUAUAAGACCGACCAAAAAUCGUGCCGAUAUAUGAAAAGUUAACUUGGCUCCAGAGCUGAGCGCGUGGGGGGACGAGGGGCACAUUAUACAGACAGCACGGGGCACCCAAAAAGCGAUGGGUCCGUUCAUGGUCUAGAUAGCUUUCAAAACGCGUGCUGAACGAUUAUCCAAAAAUACAGUUCCUACCUGGUCUAUUAGAGCGAAUUGAAGGCAUUAGUAAAUAGUGUAAGGUUGCAGAGUUAUGGAAGAGAAAGAGACAGGGGAGAGCGAGCCUGUGGUCCUUCCGUGUGCUGAGCAGGCAGAUUCUCUCUCAUUAAUAAUAAGCGGAGAGGAGGAAGCGACGCAAGAGCAGAGUGACUUGGGACACUGUUCAGGAGAGAAGGACGGUCUGACCAAUGGCCACGUGGACGAUGAUGGCGAGGAAGGGAUGGUGACCCCCCUUUGCUCCCCGGGCACCAGCUACUGGAGUGUCAACGAGGGUCCAGACUCCCCCUUCCUCCUUUCCCCCAUCCCGGGCCCCUCUGGACGCAAAGAGAAGGUCCAAUGCGCCUCCCGACCCGGCCUCAGCCGCAUCCCGGGCAGGGAUCAUCGGCGCUACUACCACGAGUAUUGGCGCAGCGAGUUCCUGAUGGACUUUGACCCCCGUCGCCACGGCAUGAUCUGCAUGGUGUGUGGGAGCUCGCUGGCCACACUCAAACUCAGCACCAUCAAGAGGCAUAUUAGGCAGAAGCACCCAGACUCUCUGCUGUGGAGCGCGGCCGACAAGGAGGUGAUCCGCUCGGGCUGGGAAAGCCACCUGAGUCUGGAGGGGGGCCAGAGGCUGUACUGUCCGGCCGGAGGGGUGGUCGCCAUCUCCCAGGGACAGGAGGAGGAGCUGCUGGACUGUGCUCGCCACUCCACCGGAAAACCUGGUGGUAUAGUGUCCCCCAAACUCCAGCCCCGGUCCCCGACCCCGUCUCCCCCUCCCUCGGUCCCCCUCCAGCAGGAAGAGCUCCCCGGGCCCUCGGCCCAGACCCUGGAGCGCUACCUGAAUGACUCGCUCCACGCCUGGUUCAGACAGGAGUUCCUCAUGGAGUACCAGGCGGAGGCGGGCAGGCUGGUGUGCAUGGUGUGCGGCCGCCCGCUGCCCUCGCUCCACCUGGACCACAUCAAGAGCCACGUGCUGGACAUCCACCCCCAGUCGCUGGUCUACAGCUCGGAGGAGAAACACUGCAUCCUGCAGACCUGGGCUCAGACACACGAAUCCGACCCUCUAAAUGACUUCAUCAAAUCUGAGCCCAACACCAAAGGCGAGAGAGAUGCUGGAGUGGACUUCUUCCCUGAUGACCUGGAGACCAUCCAGAUCGGCUCAGACACGUAUGCAGAGGACAACGAUGAGGCGUUAUCCCAGAUACAGGACAUGGUUGAUAGCGGUGAUGGCGUUGGUGGUGCUCCAGAGGUGACCAAUCCCAUACCCCCUCUCCCUCUUCGCCAACCCAGGAAGAGGCGUCUUCGUGGGGGCUUCCCCUGGCGGCUGCGCCUGGACUACCUGGUGGCCUACGGACCCCAGGGUCGUGGCACCUUCUGCAUGGUGUGCUCCCAGGCCCUGCCAAUGGCCAAGGUGAGCAGCUUCCGCCGCCACAUCCAGGAGUGCCACCCUGAGACCACCAGCCUGGCCCGGGAGGAGAGGGAGGCCAUGGCCGAGGCCUGGACCAAAGAGGCUCCCACGGAAGACAACCUGGCUGUGCAGAUGAAAGAAGAAGUGGACCCCAGUGACAUCGUCAGCCUCCCUGUGGCGGGAGAGAUGGGUGAACAGGCCUCGCCCGACAACAACAACAACCGGACCACCAAGAUGGCCACCACCAAGGCCGUAAAGAAGGAGGAGGGGGUUGCCACCAUGCCUGCCACUCCGGGGCGCCACGGCCACUACCCGGGCAAGGACCAGCGGCGGAACUACCAGGUGCGCUGGAGGAUGGAGUUCCUGAUGGACUACGACUGCCGGAGACAUGGGUUGAUCUGUAUGGUGUGCGGGGCAACGUUAGCCACUCUUAAAGUCAGCACUAUCAAGAGACACAUCCAGCAGGUUCACCCUCAUUCUCUGGAGUACGGCCCCGACGAGAGACAGCAGGCCCUGCUCAGCUACAACCAGACAGCCCUGCACUUCGUCCACUCGGAUGACUGUUUCUCCUCACUAGACCACGGACACACGGCACUCGGACAGACGGCCGCCGGCCUCUUUGUCAGCUAGGACGAGGGGCGCCAGGCAUGGCUGUUCUCUGUCCACCCCACUUUCCCUUCCAAGUCUCUCUUUCUCAGGAAGUUAGAAACAAGGCUUGGUAGAGCCCUGUCGUGAGUUGUGCAGUGACUGGCACAGUUGGUGAUUAAUUUGUCAGCGAGUAUACAAUAUAGCACUUUCUGUCCCAAAAAUUUACUAAAACCUAGAUUUGGGUGUGUAGGUGAUUGAAUGAGUGGGUGUUUGAGGUGUAUUGCUAAAGACAAUGAACAACACUUAAAGAUGUGAUUAUCUUUAGUGACUCAAUUACGUCCCGUUAUUUUAAAAGGAAAUUCCUUGUUUACAAUGAGGUAAAUGGACGUCCUCCAGAGAUUUUUCUCAUUCUUGAAUUAGAAGAUGUCAUCUUCCAUGUCUUUUCCAGUGUCACAGUACUAUUGUUACAAUGGCCCACACCUAUUUCUGAUUCUCUUAUUAGCAACAAAUCUGCGCACAAAAAAAAUCUAUGUAAAUAGUGUUGAAUUAUUAUAACUUUUUUUUUUUACAAGCACUUUUACACGUGGUUUUUACAAAAGGGUUUGUAAUUACAGCCAUGUUUUCUAUGUGAAACGAUGCCACGUAAAAUGUCAUUUUGCAUGGGAAUUCUGAAGUCAUGCAUGAUUGUGGAGGGAUUGCCUUCUAUGGCUGAGGCACUUAGUUUAUGAGAGCAUUUCUAGCUUUAUUUAUACAAGAUUUCACAUGCAAGGUUUCCAUUUCAAUAACUCACAUAUUACAAGGUUUAUGCAACAAUUUACUACAUGGAGAGAAAAAAAACGAUAACAUAGUCAGGAAAUAAAUAGCCAAAUUGACCAUCUCUGAAAUGACCCCCUCACUUGCCCUUAUUUCAGUGACCUCUGAAAUAUCACUCCACCAGGAAAAAUAACUCAGGGAUUGUCUGUUUUCCAUCUGUGGUCGCGCUUUCGCUCGCUUGUUAACUUGUCAAAAUUAGUGCAUACAUUGGUUGUCAUUACUUUUAAUGGUUUAACUGUCAACAGCAGUUAAAAUGGUCCUAUCGUAUUCAAACAACAGCGAAAGUAAAGUUGUCCAGUGCACAGCUGGAACAAACGACAGGCAACAAAAGAGAGUGAACGACUAACUACACUUAACAUGACAACAGUUUACAACCCAUGGACUAAAUGUAUCAUUCAAAUAACCAGAUGGCAGCAUUUGUCCAGUUAUGUGGAGAGGAAGGGACAUCAGUGUUGAAUAUCAAACCCCCUCACUCUCUUCCUCUAACCUAAACUGCCUGUGUUGGUGACUUCGGCUGUGUGAAAAUGUUAUUAACUUUCAAAUCCUUGCUUUCUCUGUCCUUGUUUCCUCAAAGCGCAUUGCCGGUCCAAAGGGGGGACCUUGGAUCUUCUCUAAUGCGUUUUGAGAAACAAGGACGGAGGAAGCAAGGAUUUGACAGUUAGUAAAGGUUUUCAGACACAGCCCUAGUUGGCGCAGUGGUCAUUUUUGCAUGCAGGGGAUGGGCAAGGAGAGGUGAAAUAAUUCGGAUUUAUUCCAUCUGGGCUUGGAGCGGCCACAGAAUCAGGUUGUAAAAAGCUUUGUGACUCAGCACUUAAAAAUGUAAAUAAAUAGGACUUAAAUAUGGCAAAGUGAUUGAAUAAGAAUACACCUUGUUUGUUGCGAUGAUUUACAUGUAUGGUUGUGUGUGUAGGGGGCACGUUAAAAAUACCCUUUGGUGGUACUUCGUUAGCUUGGGUGAGGACACAAGCAAUGAUCUUCUGUUUUUUAAGGGACUGAUUCCUUUGUCUUUCCUCAAUUAUUUCUUCUUCUGUUUCAAGUAUCCGCUCUGUAUUUAAUCUGUACAUGGCAAAAGGUUGUCGAUUGAUAUAUGCAUUCUGUCCUCAAUGAGCCUUGUAAUAAAAAAUGAUCUAAAUAAUAUUGUCUGACAGGUUAUCUGGGGACUGUAUUAAGAAAUUAUGGCUAAAAUU